CACAACACAAUUUGUGGUUUUCAAUUCAAAACAAACAACCAAAGAAUUCUGGCUAAACCUUGCCCCACAAAAAUUCUUUGCUUUUAGCAUCUUUUUCCUACCAAUCAUUAUCAUCAUCAUCAUCAUCCAUUCAAUCCAACACCCUUGGAAACCAAGACAUGGCAACACUUGCCAUAGAGAAUGUAGAACAUGAAAAUUCCUCAAUGGUGAUGUAUUUUGAUGUGGGUUUUACAAAGUUUGUUCCUUUUAUCGGUGAGUUAUAGAAACAAGAUUGAAAAUUUUGAGAUUUCAUAUGGAUUGGCGUUUGAAAUAACAGCUCUGGUGUGUCUUUCUCAUCAUAUAUUCAAUGACCCUUUAAAAUGAUUUUUCAUCUUUUGUUAUAUGGGUUUAUAGGAGUUUAAUUAUCGGGGGUUUUCUUCAAGGGUGUUUGUUUCUUGUUCCGGGUGAAUGGGGUAGCUUAACUGAUAUGUGUUAGUUGAGAUAAACGAGUGCGAAUCAAUCCUUGGUAGCGACAUUUCUUUGUAUUUGUGAAAAUUUGGAAGAAAUCUACACCUGAAAUUGAUAUGGGGUUGCCACAGGUAUCUUCAGCCUACAUUGCUGAGGAGGUGGCAACUUCAUUAGGCACAUUUGUGCGAACUGCGCCUAAGAUUGCUGGCGUAAGCAACUAUGACAUGAAUUCAAUUGCUGGAGGAGAAGAACUCGGCAAUACAAAUGUUUUUGAGCUUUCAAAAGAAUCAUCUAUUUCAAAUAUGAGUAAUAAGGAUGGUCAAUUCAAUGCAGAGCAAAGUAUGCAGACACUGAUUUCUAGGACUUUAGGUUUUCAAGUACGAGCAUUAGCUUCUAGUGUUAAUGGUUUUGGUGCAAAUGGAUAUUCGCCAAAUGAAGCUUCCAAGUCUAAUGUAAGAAAGCGAUUAUUGUCACCUUUGGAUGUGACGUUGCUUGCAGAUCAAUUUAAGGGUGAUCAUUGCAUGGAUAUUGGAGGUGAGUUUUAUCAAAGAAAGGCGUCAUCGCCCCGUAUCCCUUUAUCUCCUUUGGGUAAAAGAACUUGUCCAGAUAAAAAAUCGGGAGAAUGUAGAGAUUUCGCUACUGUCUUGAGCGAUGUCAAACUGUGUACUCCUGAUGAUAUUGUUGAUAUGAAUGAGUAUUGGACUUAUCCUGCUAGCUUUCCUCCUCGGCAUGCUAGGUUAUGUCAAUCCGCGAGUAGGCUGCCAACUAGAAGGUCUCUAGUCGGUUCGUUCGAGGAAUCACUAUUAUCCGGUCGUUUACUGUCUGAGAAAGUUAGUCAGAAAAUUGAAGGCUUUCUUGCUAUGCUGAAUGUAACCGGAGGAAAUUUCUCACCUCAAUCACGAAAGAUUCCGUUUGCAGUAACGAGUGUAGACGGAGACAAAUACCUACUUUAUUAUUCUUCAAUUAAUCUGUCAGGAAAGUCAUUAUCAAGCAAGUCUCGAGUAACUAAAUGUCAGAGAACCUUAAGCAUGGAUGAACCGCGAUAUGAAAAGAGACGCAUACGAAUACCUAUAAAAGGGCGUAUUCAACUGGUUCUCAGCAAUCCAGAGAGAACACCGAUUCACACCUUCCUCUGCAAUUAUGAUUUAAGUGACAUGCCAGCCGAUACAAAGGUAGGAUUGAAUGAAUAUAAUCACAUUCAAUAUUUUGUCACGUUUGAUUAUUUCUAUCAUCAAUCGCUUAAUAAAGAAGCAAAGUUUCUACACAAGACAUUUUUGCGGCAAAAGAUCACUUUAGCCUCGUCUAGAUCGAUGUCUAAGACUGGAAAAGAAAUUCAAACAGAUUCUGAUACCAAUGCUAAGUCCUCAAGCAGAUGCCUUGUUGAGCAAGACACCUUUCUUAAUGGCUCUACAAAGAUCAACGACAAUUCAAAUAACAAUUGCGUCCUUCUUUAUGCUCUCCACCUUCGAUUUAUGUGCACCUUGCCUAAGAAACGUUUGAGGUCCGUUCCUACAAAUAAAUCCGACCCUCUUUCUUCAGGAGCAAGAAAACUUAUGGACAACGAAGACGAAAGAAGUUUCUACUUGUAUGAUGAUAUGAGAGUAGUGUUUCCUCAGCGCCACUCUGAUUCUGAUGAGGGCAAGUUGAAUGUGGAAUAUCAUUUCCCAUCAAAUCCAAAAUACUUUGAUAUCAGCAGCUAAAAUGUCAAUGCAUCUCUCUAUCAAUGGUUUUUGUACAUAUAAUUGUAAAUAUUGUAUGUAUAUAAUUCAUUUUUCUUUGAAA